CGCUGCGCGCUGCCGGACCACCUGCCCAGCGCAGGCGAGGAGCCCCGGGAGGUGCUGCUGCGGCUGUACGGGGCCAUCCUGCAGGGCGUGGACUCCUUGGUCCUCGAAAGUGUGAUGUUCGCCAUCCUUGCGGAGCGGUCCCUGGGGCCCCAGCUCUACGGAGUCUUUCCGGAGGGCCGUCUGGAACAGUACAUCCCAAGCCGGCCACUGAAAACUCGAGACCUUCGAGAGCCCGUGUUGUCAGCAGCCAUCGCCACGAAAAUGGCCCAGUUCCAUGGCAUGGAGAUGCCCUUCACUAAGGAGCCCCACUGGCUGUUUGGGACCAUGGAGCGGUACUUAAAGCAGAUCCUGGACCUGCCCCCCACGGGCCUCCCCCAGACGAACCUGCUGAAGAUGUACAGCCUGAAGGAUGAGAUAGGCAGCCUCAGGAAGCUGCUAGACUCUACACCAUCACCGGUAGUCUUCUGCCACAACGAUAUCCAGGAAGGAAACAUCUUGUUGCUCUCAGAGCCAGAAAAUGCCGACAGCCUCAUGUUGGUUGACUUUGAGUACAGCAGUUACAACUACAGGGGCUUUGACAUUGGGAACCAUUUUUGUGAGUGGGUUUAUGAUUACACUCAUGAGGAGUGGCCUUACUACAAAGCACAGCCUGCAGACUACCCCACCCGGGGACAGCAGCUCCAUUUUAUUCGCCACUACCUGGCAGAGGUAAAGAAAGGUGAGACCGUCUCCCCAGAGGAGCAGAGGAAACUGGAAGAAGAUUUGCUGGUAGAGGUUAAUCGGUGCCAACCAACCCCCAGGAUGGCAGAAGCGCACCAGGCUGUGGCCUUCCAGUUCUCUGUGACCCCAGAUGGGGUCGACUUCCGACUCAGUCGGGAGGCCCUGAAACACAUCUACCUGUCUGGGAUCAACUCCUGGAAGAAACGCCUGAUUCGCAUCAAGAAUGGCAUCCUUAGGGGUGUGUAUCCUGGCAGUCCUACCAGCUGGCUGGUUGUCGUCAUGGCAACAGUAGGCUCUUCCUACUGCAAUGUGGACAUCUCCAAUGGGCUGGUCUAUUAUAUCCAGAGGCACCUCCCUGAGGGAUAUGGCCCCUAUGAAACCCCACAGACACGGGCACUUGUUAGCAUGGCCAUCUUCUCCACGGGAGUCUGGAUAGUGGGCAUCUUCUUCUUCCGUCAAACCCUGAAGCUGCUGCUUUCCUACCACGGUUGGAUGUUUGAGAUGCACGGCCGGACCAGCCGCCUCACCAAAGUCUGGGCUGCCUGUGUCCGCCUUCUGUCCAGCGGGCGGCCCAUGCUCUACAGCUUCCAGACAUCCCUGCCCAAGCUUCCCGUGCCCAGUGUGCCGGCCACAAUUCAGCGGUACCUGGAGUCUGUGCGGCCCUUGUUGGAUGACAAGAAGUUUCACCGCAUGGAGGCGCUGGCCAAGGAAUUCCAGGACGAGACUGCCCCCAGGCUGCAGAAGUACCUGGUACUCAAGUCGUGGUGGGCAACUAACUACGUGAGUGACUGGUGGGAAGAAUACAUCUACCUUCGGGGCAGGACCCCCAUCAUGGUGAACAGCAACUAUUAUGCCAUGGACUUUGUGUUCGUCAAGAACACGGAUGUGCAGGCCGCCCGCUUGGGAAACAUUGUUCACGCCAUGAUCACAUACCGCCGUAAACUGGACCGCGAGGACAUUAAGCCCGUGAUGGCACUGGGCAUCGUGCCCAUGUGCUCCUACCAGAUGGAGAGGAUGUUCAACACCACUCGGAUCCCGGGCAAGGAGACAGACGUGCUGCAGCACCUCAAGGAAAGCAGGCACGUGGCAGUCUACCACAAGGGCCGCUUCUUCAAGGUGUGGCUCUACGAGGGUUCCCAGCUGCUCAAACCCCGGGACCUGGAGCUACAGUUCCAGAGGAUCCUGGAUGACCCCUCCCCACCGCAGCCUGGGGAGGAGAAGCUGGCGGCCCUCACUGCAGGCGGAAGAGUGGAGUGGGCACAGGCUCGCCAGACCUUCUUCAGCUCCGGCAAGAACAGGGCCGCUCUCAACGCCAUCGAGCGCGCCGCCUUCUUUGUGGCCAUGGAUGAGGAGUCUCACUGCUACGACCCUGAAGACGAGGCCAGCCUCAGCCUCUAUGGCAAGGCCCUGCUGCACGGCAACUGCUACAAUAGGUGGUUUGACAAAUCCUUCACUCUCGUCGCCUUCAAGAAUGGCCAGCUGGGCCUCAACACAGAACACUCGUGGGCAGAUGCCCCUAUCAUAGGGCACCUCUGGGAGUUUGCUCUGGGCACUGACAUCUUCCACCUGGGCUACGAGGACACUGGGCACUGCCUGGGCAAACCGAACCUCAUGCUGACACCUCCUCAGCGGCUGCAGUGGGACAUUCCUGAGCGGUGCCAGGCGGCCAUCGAGAGCUCCUACCAGGUAGCCAGGGCGCUGGCAGACGACGUGGAGCUGUACUGCUUCCAGUUCUUCCCCUUCGGCAAAGGCCUCAUCAAGAAGUGCCGGACCAGCCCUGACGCCUUUGUACAGAUCGCCCUGCAGCUGGCUUACUUCCGGGACAGGGGCAAGUUCUGCCUGACCUAUGAGGCCUCGAUGACUAGACUGUUCCGGGAGGGACGGACCGAGACUGUACGUUCCUGCACCAGCGAGUCCACAGCCUUCGUCAAGGCCAUGAUGCAGGGGUCCCACACGAAAGCAGACCUCCAGAACCUCUUCCGGAAAGCCUCCGAGAAGCAUCAGAAUAUGUACCGCCUGGCCAUGACGGGGGCUGGCAUCGACAGACACCUCUUCUGCCUCUAUGUGGUCUCCAAGUACCUGGGGGUCAGCUCCCCUUUCCUGGCGGAGGUACUGUCAGAACCCUGGCGCCUCUCCACCAGCCAGACCGCUCAAUUCCAGAUCCGCAUGUUUGACCCAAACAAGUAUCCCAAUCACCUGGGCCCUGGUGGUGGCUUUGGCCCUGUAAGCGCCCUUGAAGGGAUGAGUGGGUAGGACAGGCCUGGGGGUUUCAGGAGCGUCCAGGGCCUCAAGCUCAGAUCAGAGGCCCUGCUCCUGCAUGGAAACAGGUGCCUGGGACCCCACCUGUGCCAGCACCUCCUGCUAGAGCAUGACCAGGCCCAGGGCUGGCUUCCCCUCUGCAGUGUGCAGCUCUCCCACUAAGACACUCACCUGGGUUAGUUUGUCAGGGUUCUAGAGACACCCCUGUGAGGCAGUGAUCUGGAGCCUCCUGAAGGAAGCCUGAGGUCCUGGAGGGGGGGAGGAAGCUCUUUGGUUUUCACAGUUUCCUGGAUAUUGUUCUGACCCCAGGAAAAAUGCAGUGUCUGGGGUGCGGCCCUUUCCUGGGAUUUUUGUGGGGAUUCCAGGGCAGCAUCAGCUCGGCCUCAGCUCUUUGAGGUCUGUUUUACCUCUUCCUCACCCCUUGUGCGCCCUCAGGUGGCGGAUGAUGGUUAUGGGGUUUCCUACAUGAUCGCUGGCGAGAAGACCAUUUUCUUCCAUGUCUCCAGCAAGUUCUCAAGCUCA